CCCCCAACAUAGGAAGUGAUAAGGAAAGGUUGCCUAGGAUUCUGUCUAACUUCCCUACUGCUGAGCUACAUCACCUCUACCCCAACAACAAACCAGGCUUGUAGGAAGAAGCCCUGGUGCUGAGCCAUUACAUGUGGGUCUCUUUGCAGUGCUUCUUGCUUCCUCUGUAACUAUCCCUAAUGAAAACAUAGCUCUUUUCUACUUCUGUGACACCACUUUCUCCAGACUCCUCCCUCUUCCACCUCCUUCUUCUGUCUCUUCAGCCAGCCUUCUGCCAAAGUCUUAAACUAACUUCCCUGGGCUCUCUUACCUCCCCUUUUCUCACUUUGAUGGCUAGUCUUGGUUGUCAACUGGACUGCAUCUGGAAACAACUAAAACACAAGCUGCCAGGCACUCCUGUGAGCAACUGUCUUGAUCAGAUCAUUUGAAGCAGGAAGACCCACCCUAAAUGUUGGCAGCACAUACUGGUGGAAACUUUUGCUUUUUGAUUGCUUGCCUUCACUCUUGUUGUUGGCAAAUGCAACUACGCUAUGACCAAGGCAUUCUUUCACCAGUAUUAGAACAAGGUUCUUGGAGCUUCCAACAUAGACUGAAGACCAGCAGCUCUCCAGGAACCCUCCAAGUCUUCAGAGCUAGGUUGGGCUGCUGAGACAUGCAACCUUACAGACUAAGCAAUGAACUACAGGAUUCCUAGGCUCUCUAGUGUGAGACUGCAAUUGCUGAACUACCUGGACCAUAUCCGUGACAGCAAAUGUGAAUAGAACCCACAUCCCAGCCAGCACAGCCUGAGAAAGACCUGACACUGACUCCACCAUCCACGGCCACAGACAGAAAAUGGCAGCAAACUCCCCAAGAACAGCUCUGGCUUUGCUCUUCUUUGCCCUCUCUUGGGUCCUGGGCACACCAGAAAUCUCUUGCAAAAAGGAGGACGGAGGAGCUGUGGACUGGUUUAUCUUUUAUAAGUUACCCAAAAGGCCUGGCAGUAAAGAUGCAGCAUCCGGGCUGGAGUACCUGUACCUGGACUCGACAAUGAGAAGCUGGAGGAAGAGCCAGUAUCUGGUGAACAGCAGCAAGAGUGUUUUGGGAAGGACCUUAGAGCAACUAUAUAAAGUGUAUACCUCCAAGAGCAAUGAAACAGCCUAUCUGAUGUACAAUGAUGGUGUCCCCAAGUCUACGAACUACAGCAGAAAGUACGGACACACCAAAGGUCUGCUAGUAUGGAACAGAAUCCAGGGGUUCUGGCUGAUUCAUUCUGUUCCUAGGUUUCCUCCAUUUCCAGAAGAUGGCUAUGAAUACCCAUCCUCGGGGAGACGAUAUGGACAAAGUGGCAUCUGCAUAACUUUCAAAUACAGCCAGUAUGAAGUCAUAGACUCUCAGCUCUUGAUCUCCCAACCAAACAUCUACAGCUGCUCCAUCCCAAACACCUUCCACCAGGAACUCAUCCACAUGCCCCAGCUGUGUGCCAAGUCCAGCUCCUUAAAGAUCCGUGGCCGGCACCUCACCGUGCUUCAGUCAGCCCAGGGACAGAACUUCUUCCAUUUUGUGAAAUCCAAUUCUUAUACUGAUGACAUCUUUACAGCCUGGAUGGCUCAACAGUUGAAGACAGAUUUGCUAGCAGAAACCUGGCAGCGAAAGGGACACGCGCUUCCUUCAAACUGUUCCCUUCCUUACCAUGUCUACAACAUCAAGGCCAUUAAGCUGUAUCACCGACCUUACUUCAGUUCUUACCAUGACCAUUCCAAAUGGUGUGUUUCCACCCAGGGCUCCAAAUAUCGCUGGACCUGUAUUGGAGACCUAAACCGGGACCCACGCCAAGCCUUCAGAAGUGGAGGAUUCAUCUGUACCCACAAUCAGGAAAUUUACUACGCAUUUCAUAGAUUAUUAGUCCAUUAUGAGCCAUGUGACUAAGCUUGAGGAAAAGACAUAUGCACUGUCCUUGAAAUACUGGAAAUGGAACUUCUUGCCUUGGAUCCAUUCUCCAGAUGUUAAAAACUUCUGGGUAUACACAACAUAGCAUCCAAUAAAACACUUUAAAAACUGUA